UGCAAGGAACCCUUUUUAAAUUCGCAUAUUUCAUCCGCUACUCAGAUCGACUUUUUCCAUCUUCCAUCUAUCAAUCUCUAUCCUUUACAAUGUCUGCUCCCAACCCCAAAGCCUUCCCCCUCGCCGACGCUGCUCUCACCCAGCAGAUCCUUGAUCUUGCUCAGCAGGCUACUCACUACCACCAGCUCAAGAAGGGUGCCAACGAGGCCACCAAGACUCUCAACCGCGGCAUCAGCGAGUUCAUCAUCAUGGCCGCCGACACCGAGCCCAUCGAGAUCCUCCUCCACCUCCCCCUCCUCUGCGAGGACAAGAACGUCCCUUACGUCUUCGUCCCCUCCAAGCUCGCUCUCGGCCGUGCCUGCGGUGUCAGCCGUCAGGUCAUCGCUGCCUCCGUCACCUCCAACGAUGCCUCCCAGCUCAAGACCCAGAUCUACGCCAUCAAGGACAAGAUCGAGCGUCUGCUCAUCUAAAUCAAUCUAGCUGGUUAGGUAUCAUGUAUUAUAGAUCAGCAUGUGACUAAACUUAGGUUGGUCAUGUCCAUUACCUCCGCUACAUGGUACACUGCGUUUAGUUGAAUGAUCGCGCAUCGGUUUUCUUUUUGUUGUACAUUAUUUUAAUAUCUGUUUGUCUUAAAAAGCUAUCGAAUUUUAUUUAUAUUCUUGGAUUAUUUGCUCUUAGCUGCAUGUCUCUCGUUCUGCCCGAAAGAUGAUCUUUCUGACAAGUCGAGGUCGAGUAGACCUCUGCCAACUACCGCUGUAACAAGACACUCUUGCUCUACUUGAAGGUCAACAAACUCUCAUAGUAGAAGACCUUUA